GAUGUCAUCAUUGACGUCUUCCACCAGUACUCGAGACGGGAGGGGGACAGAGACACCCUGACCAAGAGGGAACUGAAGAUCCUGAUUGAGAAGCAGCUUGUGAACUACCUGAGGCACGUGAAAAACAAGCUCACCAUUGACGAAAUCAUGAAGGACCUUGAUAUCAACAAGGAUGCGCAGAUCAGCUUCUGCGAGGUGAUGUUGCUGAUCACCCGUGUGACCAUUGCCACCCAUGAACACCUCCACGACGUCGAGGACCAGCAGCAGCAGCAGCAACAACAGCACAAACAUCAGCACCAUCACUGA